CGCGGAGCAUCUCUUGUUAGAUUCAGAGGCUGGAGAAAAUUCCAAGAUAAACAUAGAGGACACUUUACAAAGCGCGGAGCAUCUCUUGUUAGAUUCAGAGGCUGGAGAAAAUUCCAAGAUAAACAUAGAGGACACUUUACAAAGCUUACUAUAUCCUCCACAAGAAUUUGACUGGGGACACCAAGUUAUUCCACAUCCAGACGAACAAGGAGGGGAUUCAGUCGAUUUAGCUUUAGUUCAGCGUCCACCAGAUAUUGGCGGUACAGACACCUCAGAUCUUUUCAGCGUUUGGGAUGACCAGAUAGGAGGAGGAGUGGCUAGUAUUGUCAUCACUGAAGAUGAAGAAAACCAGCAGAGUCACAGUGCUACAGAGGGUUCUUCUCCCUAA